UGGAGGAUGGUCUUCUACACACCCGUAGAAAAGCCCAUGAAAAAGGUGGAAGUGCAGAACGCGGGUUAUGGCUUAUCGGCGACGCCGGCGCGUUUAGUGCUGCGAAGCCCGUACAACAUGCCUGAACUCUACACCGAGACUGUAAGCAGAGUACAAAUGAAAGUCCUUAAGGUGAAUACUUACUUCAAGUGGGCGUGGUCUAUAACACUACUGGACAUUUCUGCUGCCUGUCCAACUGGUGGACUCUAUUUCACUGAUAACAUCAUCACCUGGUACAUGCCCCGAUACAUCACUCCUCUAAUGACACAACGUACGUACGUCAUCAUCGAACUCUACAUGGGUAUCGAGGGCAAGAGACUCAGUCAAGCGCAGAUGAACGCUAAGGGCUAUAACCUGACCAUGACCGAGACGCAAAUCAUAAUGAAGCUACCUUUCGGUGGGCCAGACGGCUACUACAAGAGUCACGCGCUCGAUUAUAAGUACCACAUCACCUACAGUAUUGAACCCAUGCUGGAAAUGCUGUGGCUGUCAGGACAGUCUGCGUACACCAGAUACAAAGUUCAUUAUCCUAUCAUCUCACCACCGGCGCCCAGAAUGCCCCACGUCACGGACAAUACCGUGGAGGGUUCGGAAAUGUUCGAGAUAAUGGUGGGACCUUUUCUCAAAGACGUCGAGCUGAUGAACAUCACCUUUCCGACCGGAGUGAUGACUCCGGAGGUGGCCAACGAUCGGGGCUUCAACAUUAAACAACACACGUUUUACAACGGCUCGAAGGCCUUCAGCAUCAGCGUCCCCUUCUCUGAUCCCGUCGUCCAAAAGAGUAACAUUAAGCAUGAAACCACCCACACUCUCCCUCUCAUCUUUGGUUUGAUCAUCCUGCCCGAACACACCCCAUUUCCUCACCCUGCGGUGGUGACCGCCAAAGGAAAGGAUGUCGUGCUGCCGACUGUAAAUGCGAGAUGUGAUGAUAAAAACUUCUACAUCACUGUUGCGCAUGAGGAACUGGGUAAAGCGUUCGACAUGAUGGUCGGCGGUCGUGAUCUGGGUCCCGACCUCUAUCAGGAGUACCACGUUAAGGAGAAUUCCACUCACCUGAGCAUGACUGUGCCCUUCCUGGCACGUGAUGCUGCUUUUGAGUUUGCAUUUCAGUCGUCACUAAGGAGUCGAAUUGAUCUCCUACUUCAUGAUCAAGGGAGUAACUGGCAUAUAAAGAACUUCUCCAUGGCCUGCAACUUCCCCAUGAGCAUGACUGAAUGCUUCUCCAACGGAUCCAUAACUGCACUUGUGGUCAAACUGGAAUCCGGACCCAAUAUGGUUCCCAGCAAACUGACCUUGAAGGAUCCCACAUGUAAACCCACUUUCAUGAACGACCGCUUCGCCUACUUCAACUUCGACGCCAACAGUUGUGGGACGACCAGAACGUUUUCUGAAGAUGUCAUGACCUAUGAGAAUGAAAUCGUAAUGAGUGAUGAAACGAAUACUUCAGAUGAACAGAAUUAUCAAGUGGUGGUCUCCUGCUCCUACAAGCUCAAUGACGCCAAGGUCCUGGACUUCUCUGCUACCCCACAACAAAUGGAGAUUAUGGCAGAACCUGGUUUUGGAGAGCUGGAGGUCAGAAUGAGACUUGCUAAAAAUUCAUCUUAUAAGAGCUUCUACGUGAAGGAGGACUACCCAAUAGUGCAGUUUUUGAAACAGCCUCUGUUCUUUGAGGUUGAGCUGUUGCAGUCUACUGACCCUCGAAUAGAGCUGGUCCUGGAUAACUGCUGGGCUUCAGAUGCAGGACAGACCAUCAGCUGGGACGUCAUCGUCGAUGGCUGCAUAAAUCCCAGCGAUCGUUACCAAACCACCUUCUACCAAGUCUUGGCUGAUGAGCGGGUCCUCUACCCAUCCCACGUGAAGCGUUUCAGAGUCAAGAUGUUCACGUUUUUCAAAGAUAACGAGCCAGUUCAGGAUCCGAUCUUCAUUCACUGUGAGGCUCUGAUAUGUGACAUCUAUGAUGCUGAUUCAGUUUGUAUGAAGCAGUGUCCCCUGCCUAAGAAUGGAAGCACUAACAGGGUAGACAGAAGGAUACGACACGAUCAGCUCGACAGGAUGCAGGUCUCAUCAGGAAAGAUUCUCUUCUCCAGUGUGUAGCACACCUUUAAAAUCUGAAUAAAGUGCUCUCC